UUGUUUAGACAUGGCGCUCGCCUGGAUGUUGCAGACAAGAAUUGGCAUCUCACUUCGCCUACCCCCUAUGACCCUCCCCUCUCGUAUGGCGGCUGGCUACAGUCUCGGGCUCUGGGGGCCCGCAUCAAUGACGUUGUCCAGUCUCUGGAUGACUCACUGGACUCUACAACAGAAGUUGACAACGGUAUCAAGUCGCCUUCCGACCGUCUACAAAAGCCAAAACCGAAGCGCAGGAUUAUCAUUCACUCAUCUCCCUUCACUCGAUGCCUACAGACAGCCAUCGCGGUCAGCUCGGGGAUCUGCCAGAAUUCGGGCGAGCCAGAGCUUAACCGGUCCUCGAAAGUCCCCAGUUUAGUCCAGUCAAAUUCAGAUUCUGCCUUGACCCCUGGUCCCAUUACAUCAAGCGACCAUCGAUGUCUCCUACGAGUGGAUGCCUUCCUUGGGGAAUGGCUUUGCCCUAGAUACUUCGACGAGAUUAUCCCGCCGCCCAACUCGGAUCGCAUGAUCACGGCUGCAAAGCUCGAGCUGCUGCGUCGCGAGCACAGUUUCGUUCCCGAGGCGGACAUCGUCCCCAGACCCUCCGCUGGCUUUUUCCCUGGUGGCUGGGGGAGUGCAUCUACUCCGGUUUCUCCCGCCAAUGAUGUAACAGCGAAGAUGAAGACAGAGGCCCCACCCAGUACACGUCAGACGCAGGCACAGAGGUCCCGCGCUGGCAGCUGUGACACCUUCAGCGUUGCUGAAACGACUCGCGGACGGCGGAUGCUGAGCAAGAUCAAUACCAAUCUCCCCUCCAUUCCAGAUGCCGCCUACGUGCCUCCAACGCCUAGCUAUGCCAUUUCUCCUUCGGACCCCAUUCCAGCUGGGUACGUGACGCAUGCUCGGGACGCCUGUGUGAAGAUCGAUUUUCAAUGGGACAGUAUGCACGGGGAGCAGAACUGGGGUGAUGGAGGCGAGUACGGCGAGGAAUGGAGUACGAUGCAUACGCGGUUCAGUACGGGACUCGACCGCAUGCUUGCGUGGUAUCGGGACUACGAGUCAACUUCUUCCGGUCGGCCUCGACGACAUUCUCAGAUGCUCGACAGUUCUGGCGAAGCCAGUUCCCGCAGUGAAGCGGAUAACGAUACAGAGACGAUUUUGGUGUUGAUCACGCACGGCGCGGGUUGCAAUGCAAUGAUCGCAGCACUGUCCGGGGAGCCAUCCCAAGCGAAUGUCGGCACUGCAUCUCUCACCUUGGCGGUCCGCAAUGAUCACAUGCCCGAAAUGGCUCAAGAUGAUACCAUUGGCGGACCAGUUCGGACCAAGGGAUCCAACGAGCCAUCCAGCGUGGAGAGUUAUGCCAUGAAAAUGGUGGCUUCAACCGAGCACCUCCGCAUCGCUCCCAGCACGUCACGUGUCUCCUCCCCGAGCCAGGUGACCUCCCCCUCAAUCUCGUCCUACCGACAUCGACUAGCAAACCGUCCAUCGCUGUCACAAGGUAUGUUCAUCAUCGGACCCUCAAUAUCAGGAAUCAGUGUGUUCGAGAUAUUGUUCACCAGUCCCAGAAUGCCCUCUGUCCCUACCGACGGCUUGUCCGUCACCCACCCUUCCUCCAGGUCCGGUCCGCCGCACCUCCGACUGAUCCACUACAAUGACGUCUAUCACGUGGAAGAAGGUUCCGCAGAACCUGUCGGCGGCGUAGCCCGAUUUCAAUCCGUCGUCAACUACUACCGCAACGACCCCUCCUUUUCCGAACAACCUAACGUCCUGACCUUCUUCUCCGGCGAUGCCUACAACCCCAGUCUCGAAAGCACGGUCACCAAAGGGCGGCACAUGGUGCCGUUCCUGAAUAAGGCGGGCACCGAUGUAGCUUGUGUUGGUAAUCACGAUCUCGAUUUCGGUGUCGCUCAAUUCCGCCAUCUACGUACACAAUGUCGGUUUCCGUGGCUACUGGCCAAUGUUCUGGAUCUGGAUUUGGGAAAGGAUGUGCCGAUUGCGAAUUGCGAGAAGACGUUGAUGUUGACCUCGUCUAACGGGAUCAAGGUCGGUGUCAUUGGCUUGGGUGAGAGGGAAUGGCUCGGAACGAUCAAUGCCCUCCCUCCGAACCUGGUCUAUAAGUCUGCGUACAAGACAGCGCUGGAGCUGGUCCCGCGUCUGCGUGAACAAGGCGCUGAGCUGAUUGUGGCGGUCACCCACCAACGUGAACCGAAUGACUAUAAGCUGGCUCAAAAGCUUCCGCCGGGAAUGAUUGAUAUAAUCUUAGGUGGUCACGAUCAUUUCUAUGCCCAUGCCGUCGUCAACGGCACGCAUGUUCUCCGGUCGGGUACGGACUUCAAGCAACUUAGCUACAUUGAGGCGUGGCGCAAGGAGGAUGGUGAAGGAUGGGACUUCAGUAUCGUGCGCCGAGAUAUCGUUCGGUCAAUUCCGGAGGAUCCCGCAACAACGGCUAUGGUGAAUCGGUUGACGUCUAGCUUGGCGGCAAAGUUAGAAAAGCCGAUCGGGUAUACUUCGGUCGCACUGGAUGGUCGAUUCUCAACAGUGCGUCAGAAGGAGUCAAAUCUGGGGAACUUUGCGUGCGAUCUCAUGCGGUUUUACUAUGGGGCUGACUGCGCGAUGAUGGCUGGCGGGACUAUACGUGGUGACCAAAUUUACCCGCCAGGGAUCCUGCGGCUGAAAGACAUCCUCAACUGCUUCCCAUUUGAAGAUCCGGUCGUAUUAUUGCGCAUCAAGGGUCGUGCGCUCUUCGAUGCCCUGGAGAAUGGAGUGAGCCAACUUCCAGCGCUCGAAGGACGGUUUACCCAGGUAUCUAACAUUGCUUUUGGCUACAACCCCUCGGCCCCUUCGGGUUCCCGCAUCAACUGGGCCCAGGUCGGCGGAGAGCCAAUUGACUUCGAUGGGCAGUACACAUUGGCGACCCGCGGAUACAUGGCUCGUGGGAAAGACGGUUUUGCGUCUCUGCUGGUGCAGUCAGAGGGCGGCGAAGUUGAAGAGAUCGUAGAUGAAGAGAGUGGCAUCCUGAUCAGCACACUACUUCGCCAGUAUUUCCUGAGUUUGCGGGUGAUGGGUCGAUGGCGUCGCUGGGGUCCCAGCAUGACCCGACACUGGAGCAACGUGCAUGAUAGCCUCCAUUGCAAUGGGUGGCUGAAACCGCCAUCCCGCCAGCCGUCUCCCGAAUCAAACAAGGUGCCGUACCGGCCGCCUUUGUCGCGGUCGAAGAACUACUAUUAUGGUCGGUUUCCCGAGAUUGUGGAAACCGAGGAGACGGAGAGCCGAGGCGUGGGCCUGAACGGUGAGGACGAGUCGAUGGACUCGGACUCGGACACUGACCCCGACAUCCUGACCUCUCCUCGUCCGACUACGAACUAUGUAACUCUGCCAGCACGGUCCGCUACGGAAGAGGAACGGCGCCUGCGUCUGGCGCGCAAGGCCGUCCGGACAUGGAUGCACCGGACGGGGCUGCAGCCAUCGCCAAUCAAUGACGCGGAUGAAGUUGGGGAAUUCACACCGACGUGGACACCUGGUAUCUCGCCGCGCUUGGAGCAGCGGAUUGUGGUUGAAAAUUAG